AUGCGUGAUUUCGUAACCGUUCCGGUUAAUCGGUUACUCGAAAACUGUUACAUCACCGUUUCGAGGGAUCCUUACUUCCGAUUGAGGGAUAAGGAGUGUCGCGAUGUUGUUGGAACAUGUAAUGGAUUGGUUUGUUUGAUUGGUUAUUCGAUUAACAAGUGGACUAAGUUUAAAAGAGUGUGGUUCCGUUUCUGGAAUCCAGCUACUCGAUCAAUAUCGGAAAAAUUAGGGUAUUUUUCUUAUUUUGAUAAGAAUGAAAGGAAAUCUGUUAAGUUUGUGUUCGGUUAUGAUAAUUCAGCUGAUACUUAUAAGGUAGUGAUGUGGCGGUCGGGUUGUGAGAGUGAUCCUGAAUCGAAAGUUAGUGUGAAAGGGUUUAGUUUGGGUGAUAAUGGUUGGAGAAACAUUCAGAGUUUUCCUGUGAUGAAGGAAUUUGGAGAUGAGAAGUCUUGGACUCAGUUUCUUAAAUUUAGUUAUAACGGUGUUCGAAUGAAUUAUGAAUUUGGACGUCCGCUUUUAAAAUCAAUGCCUUUGCAUCUAUCUGAGAAUGGUGAUACGGUGGUAUUAGCAAAUAACCGACAACACCGAGUAAUUCUCUAUAACAGGAGAAAUAACAGAGCCAGGAAAACUAUACUUAAUACUAAAAUAUGUUGGCCUUCCCUCAAGGAUUAUGUUGAAAGCUUGGUUUCAACUUCUUGA